AGCUUAGGUAUCGCCACGUCGUCUAGCUGUUCGGUCUGUGGUUGAAUUUAAACAAUUUUUGGGAGGGGGGGCGGAUAUUAAAAUUAAUGUAAUUUUUACCCCUUUAGGAGGCUAAUGUUUUCGUUUUGAUUGAGUGCUCUUCUGGUCCUGAGUCGAUCGUUGUGAAACGGUCUUAUUCCCGGAACAUUGAUGUAGUUAGCAAGGACACAGCUGCAAUUUCAACCCGAGAAUGAUACCUGAAGUUGAUGUGUUUCUGCUAUAAAAGCACAAAGUAUUGGCUUGGGGCAGACUGCACCAGUGCUUGAAACAGUUGGCCCAUGCCAUGCCUGGUGGACGGCGGGGCCCGAGUCGGCAACAGCUGAGCCGUUCAGCAUUACCUUCUCUCCAGACGAUUGUAGGUGGGACCUGUGGGAAUGGGACUGGAAUGAGGAACAGGAAUGGCAGUGCCAUUGGUCUGUCUGCCCCUCCCAUCACUGCCCUGAUUACCCCCGAACCUGUUCGCCACUGCCGUAUUCCUGACCUUCCAACAGAUGGAUGCCUUGUCUUUGAGCUUCUUUUUUUCAUUUACCUGUUAAUGGCCCUUCUUGUCCAGUACAUUAACAUCUAUAAAACAGUCUGGUGGUUUCCGUACAACCACCCUGCAGCUUCUACCUCACUGAGCUUUCACUUGAUUGACUAUCACUUGGCAGCAUUUAUUACUAUCAUGUUGGCCCGAAGACUGGUUUGGACCCUUGUUUCAGAGGCGUCUCAAACGAGUACAACCUCUAUAAUGUGGUACACUUUGUUGAUAGUGGCUCGUUUGGUACUUCUAACGUUGUGUGGCUGGGUACUGUGCUGGACACUUGUCAAUCUUAUUAGGAAUCAUUCUGUACUAAAUCUUCUUUUCCUCGGAUACCCAUUUGGUGUUUAUGUGCCACUGUGUUGUUUUCACCAGGAAAACAGGACUCAACCUUUACCAGCUGAAUGUGGUUUCCUGUUAAAUGACCAGUUGGAAUCAGUCAUGGUCAGGCCAAAGGACUUCUUCACACUGCUCCGAGAAUCAUUCAGAGAACAGUUCAAUAACCCAACAUCCAUCCCUCCCCACACUUGCCCUCUCUCCCCAGACCUUAUACGAAAUGAGGUUGAAUGUCUGAAAGCAGAUUUUAAUAAAAGGAUGAAAGAGGUUCUCUUCAAUUCCCUGUUCAGUGCCUACUAUGUAGCAUUUUUGCCUCUUUGUUUUGUAAAGAGUACACAGUACUAUGACAUGCGAUGGUCUUGUGAGCAUCUCAUAAUGGUUUGGGUUAAUGCCUUUGUAAUGCUGAUGAGCCAGCUGUUGCCACCCAGAUAUUGUGAUCUACUCCAUAAAUCAGCUGCUCAUCUGGGGAAAUGGCAGAAAAUGGAACAUGGUUCUUACAGUAACACGCCACAGCACAUAUGGUCUGAAACCACAAUUUGGCCACAAGGUGUGCUGGUACGACACAAUCGUUGCCUUUAUAAAGCUGUAGGACCUUAUAAUGUAGCAGUGCCUUCUGAUGUUUCACAUGCCAGAUUUUAUUUUUUGUUCCAUAAGCCAUUACGGAUACUGAAUCUCCUCAUCCUAAUAGAAGGCAGUGUAGUGCUGUAUCAAUUGUAUUCUCUGCUUCGGUCAGAAAAAUGGAACCAUAUACUUUCCUUGGCUCUGAUACUGUUUUGUAAUUACUAUGUCUUAUUUAAACUUCUAAGGGACCGGAUUGUGCUGGGCAAAGCAUACGCUUAUCCUCUGGGUACCAUUGGACUAAAAUCUCAUUAGUCUAAAGCAAAGAGGGAAUGGGGAAAGGAUUUAAAGAAAUUAUUUUGAUACGGUUUCUAUUUUUCAUGCAGUGUUUAAAUAUUUAAGAUAUUUUAUAUUUUGUAUACUUGGAUAUUUUGAAGAGCUAAUGUUCUUUGCAUAAGCAUAAGCAAGUUGUAUUUUUCAUCUACUUAGCAACUUCACAAGCUAAGUGUGCGCUUUGCUCCAUAUGACAAGUGCCAUUUAUAAUCGCAAUAAUCAACACGUGUAGUAUUGAUCAGAGGAAUAAAGGAUGAUAUGAGAGGUUUAGUUUUCUUUGCUUUCUGUUGUCACCUUGAAUGAAGAGGUUUUUAGGCAAUUGAUGUCUAAACAAUUAGAUGAAUGGAACUGCUGUGUUCCUAGUAAGUGGUCGUACUUACUGACAAUUGUUCAAAUGUGUGAACUUGUUUUAAUAAAUGGGGGUUUACGAGAUGUUGUCUGUGAAUAAAGCCCACUCUUCAAUUAUGAUAUUGUUUACAUGAUCUCACCUCUUCAAAGGAAAUCUUCAAUAAA